UGGCGCCUGCGCCCGGUGCCGGGGGCCGUUGAUAUCCGGUGAGAUCCAAGAUGGCGGCGUUACGCUGACCCUGCUGCCGGUGACGGAAGUGCCGCCUCCGCCCUCCUGACGCCCCUCGGGGGACCCUGCGCCGCUGCUUCUCGCCGCCGCUGCCAUGUCUGGGCCCGGCAACAAACGCGCCGCAGGCGACGGGGGCUCAGGGCCUCCAGAGAAGAAAUCGAGCCGCGAGGAGAAGACCACCACCACUCUUAUCGAGCCCAUUCGUCUCGGGGGCAUUUCUUCCACGGAAGAGAUGGAUCUGAAAGUUCUGCAGUUCAAGAACAAAAAAUUGGCAGAGCGGUUGGAACAGCGACAGGCUUGUGAAGAUGAACUGCGAGAACGAAUUGAGAAGUUGGAGAAGCGGCAGGCCACAGAUGAUGCCACACUCCUCAUCGUCAACCGCUACUGGGCCCAGCUGGAUGAAACUGUGGAAGCCCUUCUCCGAUGUCAUGAGAACCAGGUGGAGCCAGGGAUAGAGGCACCUGGGACCCAGGAGGGGCCAACACGUGUUGGGACCCCUCUCACAGAGCCAGGGACUUCGGACCUGAGGGAGCCCCUGCCGAUGCAACUGCGGCCCCCUCUCAGUGAGCCAGCCUUGGCGUUUGUGGUGGCACUGGGUGCCAGCAGCAGUGAGGAGGUGGAGCUGCAGCUACAGGGCCGCAUGGAGUUCUCCAAGGCAGCUGUGUCCCAUGUGGUAGAGGCCUCAGACUGCCUACAACGCCGGGUGGAGGAACUCUGUCAGCGAGUAUACAGCCAAGGAGACAGUGAGCCCCCCAGUGAGGCGGCUCGGGCACAUACCCGGGAGCUGGGCCGUGAGAACCGGCGGCUACAGGACUUGGCCACCCAGCUACAGGAGAAGCACCAUCGCAUCUCAUUGGAGUACUCUGAGCUCCAGGAUAAAGUGACAUCAGCAGAGACCAAAGUUCUAGAGAUGGAGACAACGGUGGAGGACCUGCAGUGGGACAUUGAGAAGCUGCGUAAGCGAGAGCAGAAGCUCAAUAAGCACUUAGCAGAGGCCUUGGAGCAGCUUAACUCUGGCUACUAUGUGUCUGGAAGCUCGUCAGGCUUCCAGGGGGGCCAGAUCACACUCAGCAUGCAGAAGUUUGAGAUGCUGAAUGCAGAGUUGGAGGAAAACCAGGAAUUGGCCAACAGCCGCAUGGCAGAGCUAGAGAAGCUGCAGGCAGAACUUCAGGGGGCUGUGAGGACCAACGAGCGCCUCAAGGUGGCCCUGCGGAGCCUUCCUGAGGAGGUGGUGCGGGAGACAGGGGAGUACCGCAUGCUGCAGGCCCAGUUCUCACUGCUCUACAAUGAGUCUCUGCAAGUGAAGACCCAGCUGGAUGAGGCCCGGGGGCUGCUGCUGGCCACCAAGAACUCCCACCUGCGACACAUUGAGCACAUGGAGAGUGACGAGCUGGGGCUGCAGAAGAAGCUGCGCACGGAGGUUAUCCAGCUGGAGGAUACGCUGGCCCAGGUACGCAAGGAGUACGAGAUGCUGCGCAUCGAGUUUGAACAGAACCUGGCAGCCAACGAGCAGGCGGGGCCCAUCAACCGAGAGAUGCGCCACCUGAUUAGCAGCCUCCAGAAUCACAACCACCAGCUCAAGGGGGAUGCCCAGCGAUACAAGAGGAAGCUCCGAGAGGUGCAGGCUGAGAUUGGCAAGCUCCGGGCCCAAGCCAGUGGCUCUACCCACUCCAUCCCCAAUGUGGGCCACCCAGAAGACUCUGGCCUCAGUGCCCCAGCCCCAGGGAAAGAAGAGAGCGGGACAGGCCCUGUUGGUACUCCUGACAGCAGAAAGGAGAUGGCUUCUGUGCCUGGCACUACCACUGCUACCUGCUCAGUGAAGAAGGAGGAGCUGGUCCCCUCUGAAGAGGAUGCCCAAGCCCUAACCCCUGGGGCCCAGGGCCCCUCCUCCCGGGGCCGAGAACCUGAGGCCAGGCCCAAGCGGGAGCUUCGGGAACGGGAAGGGCCUGGUGUGGGACCCCCACCUGUAGCCUCGGCUCUCUCAAGGGUUGAUCGGGAGAAGGCCAAGGUGGAGGAGGCCAAGAGGAAGGAGUCGGAACUCCUUAAGGGUCUCCGAGCAGAGCUCAAGAAGGCCCAGGAAAGCCAGAAGGAGAUGAAACUGCUGUUGGACAUGUACAAGUCAGCACCCAAGGAGCAGCGGGAUAAAGUGCAGCUCAUGGCAGCUGAACGCAAGGCCAAGGCUGAGGUUGAUGAGCUACGGAGCCGUAUCCGGGAAUUGGAGGAGAGAGAUCGAAGGGAGAGCAAGAAGAUUGCAGAUGAGGAUGCCUUGCGGCGCAUUCGGCAGGCAGAGGAGCAGAUAGAACACCUGCAGCGCAAGUUGGGUGCCACCAAGCAGGAGGAGGAAGCUCUACUGUCAGAGAUGGAUGUGACAGGUCAGGCUUUUGAAGACAUGCAGGAGCAGAAUGGGCGGCUGUUACAGCAGUUACGGGAAAAGGACGAUGCCAACUUUAAGCUGAUGUCAGAGCGCAUCAAGGCCAACCAGAUUCAUAAGCUGCUGCGGGAGGAGAAGGAUGAGCUGGGCGAGCAGGUUCUUGGCCUCAAGUCGCAGGUGGAUGCCCAGCUGCUGACCGUGCAGAAGCUGGAGGACAAGGAACGGGCCCUGCAGGGCAGCCUUGGUGGUGUGGAGAAGGAGCUGACGCUGCGCAGCCAAGCCCUGGAGCUCAAUAAGAGGAAGGCUGUGGAAGCAGCCCAGCUGGCUGAGGACCUUAAGGUGCAGCUGGAGCAUGUACAGACUCGUCUGCGGGAGAUCCAGCCCUGCCUGGCAGAGAGCCGGGCUGCUCGCGAGAAAGAGAGCUUCAACCUCAAGAGGGCUCAGGAGGACAUUUCACGGCUGCGGCGCAAGCUGGAGAAGCAGAGGAAAGUGGAGGUUUAUGCGGACGCUGACGAAAUCCUCCAGGAGGAGAUCAAGGAGUACAAGGCGCGGUUGACCUGCCCUUGCUGUAACACCCGCAAGAAGGAUGCAGUCCUUACCAAGUGCUUCCACGUUUUCUGCUUCGAGUGUGUGCGGGGCCGCUAUGAGGCCCGCCAGAGGAAGUGCCCCAAGUGCAACGCAGCCUUUGGUGCCCAUGACUUCCACCGUGUCUACAUCAGCUGAACCCGAAACUCAGGGACUUUGGAACACCCAUGGACCCUGGGGGCUGUGCCCCCAGCCCCUUCCUACUCCAGGUCCAGUGGCCCUAUCCUCCAUUCUGGACCCCAUGUGCCCAGCCCCGGCCCUCCUAGUUGGUUUGGGGGCUCUGGUGCAUGCUAGUGGGAGUGGGAUCAGCCAAGCCCAGUUCCAUCUUUUCCUGAAGGUCAGAUCUAUGUGCUAGGGGACACCCACCCCCAUAGGAAAGGUCUGCCAUGGGAGGCCCAAGGCGCCCAGAGCACUCAACUGAGCUUCCCAGAAGCUGGCCCCAACCUUUCUCCUCCUGUCUCCGUGGACCCAUCCUAUCCCUAAGGGGAUAUUCCCCAGGCUGUGAACUCCCACACAAAAGGAGGCUAACUACCUGCCUACAUACCCAGAAGUGAGGAUCAGGGCUGAGCCAGGUCCUCAGCUUCUUGCUGACUGGGCCCUGGGGCCCAGGUAGACUUUCUUCACCUGCCUCCACCCCCCCAGGCCUGGGCAAGGCUUCUGUCCUGUGGCGUACCGUAGACACUUAGGUCUGGCUCUUGUGCUAAGGGCUGAAGGAGAUACCCCCUGGGGGGCACCACCUGCUUCCUCUGGGAAGCUGUAUAGUUGCAGUCACCAUCCUCAUUUUAGGAGUACAGAACCAAGAUCAUCAGUUUCUAAUCAGGCCCCUCCCCAAUCUCUACGUCCACUUAUCCCCACCUCAUGCAUCCCAAGGCUCCACUGGAUCCCUGGCCCUAACCCUGCUUUCAUCCUGGUGGCCUUAACUGCAGUGGAGGUGGAACUUCCCAGGAGAGGAAGGGACAGACCAGCCCCAGCCACUGGGCCAACUUCCGAUCAUUCCAGGUAGAAGAGCUUCACCCAACACCCUGUGACUGAGCCUGUCCCUACAAUGCCUCCUGUGCUGUCAGCCCAAGCAAAGGCUUGGGCUGUGAAGGCAGCACCCAGAGAGGCCUGGGAAGUGGAGCUGCUAAUAGGUGCAGGGGCUUAUUUGGACCCACAGCCUCUGCUCUAGAAAUGUCUUGUAUAGGCUAAUUGUUACGAAUAAACAUCCAACCCUUGGCCUAGGUCAGAAUAGCUAAGCCUCAUACCCCAAAUAUAGUCCCGGUUUUUAGCUGCUACCUAUCCAGCACUUACCGGGCUCGAUGUGUCUGGGAGGGGGCCUUCGCCAAUAUGCCACUCCGUUCCUGCACACCUCAAGGCUAAGUUGUGCUUAGCUCUCAUGGCCAUUAGGGAUCCCUAACCGGCCCUGUUGGGGAGCGCGUCUGCAGGGACAACACGUCCUAGUCACUGGAGUUGAGCUAUCCUGUACUGGAGGGAGGCUGCAGACCCUCGGCCGGGCUGUCCACGCCCCCGGCAGGCAUUGGUUGCUGGGGCGCUGGGAAACCUUGGCUGCAUCCUGGGAAGUGUAGUCCCUAUUCGCACAUGGGAGAAGGUUAUCGGAGGCUGGAGCUGGUUAUCCCGUUUACUGGUAAAAGGCGGUAUUGAACCCAGCCCCGCGGGCCGUUCCUCAACGGCUUCACCCGCCCCAACCCCUCGGACGCACAGAUCGAGACACCUCAGUUGGGUGACUUCCUUCAUUGCAACCUGCCUCAGCCGCGGGCUGGCCGGGUCCUCGGAACUAUGCCGCAUGCUGAGCGGCGCCUCUGGGCUCAGCGCACUAUCGGCGCUACGGACCGAGCCUUUUCCGAGGCCGUGCUGGAACUGGCGCCAGUGCCGGUGCUGACCGGGGUUGGUGCUGGAGCAGGAACCAGGGCCAUGGUUUCGGUAGCGGCCACAGGCUUGUCAGCAGCCGUGCCUCCGCAGGACCCCGGAACCUUGUCAGCGGUCGUGCCUUCGCGGGGACUCGCGGCUUUGUCCGCUUUCGGGCCCCACCUGGCGCCCGGGGUUUCGGCGGGGCCGCAGCAGCUGGACCAGAUCGGACUGGAGACUGAGGCGUGGACUACGGUGACCUCGGGCGCAGUGUUGGCGGUGGUGGGCACGCUCGCGGAGGCACGGGCCGGGAAGGUGGAAGACAUCGGGCCGCCGAGGAAGUGGCUGCGGCCGAGAACAGCGGUGGCAAGAGUGGGUUAAACGCAGGAUAUUGCAUCAUAGAGGCGCGGUCAUCUGCGCGCGUGGAGAAGCCCAGUCUCCGAAGAGCGCUGCGCCCGGGGUGGAGGUUAGCCAAUCCUCUGUGAGCACUGCCCUCCUUCCCGGGAGUCACCUUCGCAUGGGCUCCUUAAGUAAAAGCAAGUAACCACA